AUGGCGUCAACACAGGGCAUGAGCGAGGCAGAACAAAACCGUCUGCGUGCGCUCUUCCACACCUAUGAUGUGGACAACUCAGGAGAGAUUGAAAAAAAUGAGUUCCUUACCAUCUGUCAGGAGCUCAACAUCUCCAAUGAGGAAGCAGAGAGAAUAUUCAACCGACUGGACAUUGACAAAGAUGGCACGGUGACCAUGGAGGAGUUCAUCAGCAGCUUUCAUGAACGAUACAAUGAGGAUGAGGAGGAGGACAAAACAGAGGUAGAAUCUGGGCAAUUGUCACCUGUGGUGGAGGAGCAUUUUCAAAGUGGCCAGGAGAAGGUCCUGGGUUCGAGCCCCAGGCCUUCCCUAAAGGGCAUGAGUGCGGCGGAGCAGGACAGGCUGCGCUUGCUCUUUCAAUCCUACGACGUGGAUAAUUCGGGACGGAUCGAGAAGAAUGAGUUUUUGACCAUCUGUGGGGAGCUCCACGUCUCCAACACCGAGGCCGAGCAGAUCUUCAACCGACUGGACGUCGACAACGACGGCACGGUCACCUUGCUGGAGUUCAUCAGCGGAUUUCACUGCCGCUAUGGAGAGGACAUGGAGGGCGGAGACGUGUCCGCUGCCUGGGAAAACUUCGAGGGGCGGCUGGGGGACCACGCCAAGUUCAUACCCAGGAAUGCGCAGGCGGCUGCCCUUUACCAGAACAUCAGCCUGACCGAGCCGAGGCUGGUGCCUCAGUUUGAGGAAGUCAUCAUGAGCUUCGCUAAAGAGAUCAAACAGCACAACUCUGAGAUGGAGAACCUCGCCUUGGCUGUAAAACGAGCUCAGGACCAAGCGUCUAUGCAACUGAGUGAGAUGGAAGAAGAGAUGGACCAACGUAUUCACGCUGCUGAGAAAAAGUCACGGCUGCAGGAGGUCAAGCGAUCGGAGUCAGCCCUAAAUGAACUGCGAAGAGAUUAUGAGAUUGAAGUGUGUGAAUUGCAAUGUAAGAUACAACGGAUGCAGUUGAUAGAAGAGAAGUACAAGAACAUCAGUGUAAAGGAUGAGAGUCCAGCCCUGAAGAAGAAGAUUAAUGAACUUACUCUGGAGAACCAGCGUUUAAAACAGGAUCUGUUGAGGUCUCAGACCAGUGUCGCCUGUCUGCAGAGUGAGAUGGACUCACUGAAGACAGAACUGACUGAUCAAAGCAUCAACUUUGAACGAGACGAGGCACUAAUGAAAGAAUUUUCUGAUGAGAGAGACAUCCUGGAGCAACAGAUAGAGAUUCUACAGACAGCUAACCGGAAGCUCCACGACACUAAUGACAGCUUGAGGACUCAACUAGAGAGAAGCACAAAGAUGGGCAACAGUGUGUCUCCACCAGACGUGAGAAACAGAAGUAAAAGCAUUUGUUUCUCAUCUCAAUACGCCUUAACGGACCGGUUCUUCCCACGAAUGGAUGAGGAGCAAAUAUACACCCGGAGGCCCAGUGGUGACACCUUGGCUCUGGCCAUGUGUGACCCGGGCCUGAGACGCAGACACAGCAGCGAUUGUGAGGAGGACAGCCUUCCCGAUAGCUACAUGGACAGCGGCCUUUCAACACUCAGGGGCUCGCACGGAGGUUACGACUCCGAGCAGGAGGUCAAGGAGGAAGGGGAGGUGGAGGAGGUGGAAGAGGUGGAAGAGGUGGAGCAGACGCAGGAAGACAAGAGAGAUGAGAAUGAAAAUCAGAAUGAGGAUACCCAACCAGAGACACAGGAUGGGGAAUCAGCAUUUGAGUCAGAAAGCAGUUCGGUUUUGGACUGGAAACCCUCUGAACCCCGUGGCAAAUCCAGGCCUACCUGCGCCACACGCAAAACGAUCACUGCUAUCUCAAUUCAGGAUAGAAAAAAGGACUGUGUUGACCUGGGCUACAUAACAUCAGAGAAGGCCUACAGAAUUGUAUUGGCUGGAGAUGCUGCUGUGGGCAAAUCUAGCUUCUUACUUCGCCUCUGCAAGAAUGAGUUUAAAUUAAAUUCAGGUGCUACUCUGGGUGUGGAUUUCCAGAUGAAGACCCUAAUUGUCGAUGGAGAGCCCACUUUACUACAACUAUGGGACACUGCAGGACAGGAGAGGUUUCGCAGCAUUGCCAAGUCUUAUUUCCGCCGAGCAGAUGGCGUGCUGCUUUUGUACGAUGUCACCUGUGAGAAGAGCUUCCUGAAUGUUCGAGAGUGGGUGGACAUGAUUGAGGAUGUGUCUCCAGAUGAUAUUCCCAUCAUGCUAGUGGGUAAUAAAUGUGACCAGAGAAAGCAGGGAAUCAGUUGUGUCCCUACCACCUAUGGAGAAAAACUUUCUAUGACGUACAACACCCUUUUCUGUGAGACCAGUGCCAAAGAUGGGGCCAAUAUUCUGGAGGCAGUACUACACUUGGCCAGGGAGGUGAAAAAGCAGUUCCAGUUGGAGGAGGGCUAUGAAUCAAAGCCCUCCCGGUCAACUAUGAGACAUAAACAAAACUUCAACUGCUGCAACUGA